CGACGCAACCCGCUCUGAGAGGAGCGGCGUGCAGGCCUCCCGCGCUUGGCACGGCCAGCCGGGAUCCGCCUCCAGGGGUCUCGGCGUCCGCCCACGCCUCGCAGCAGCGGGGCUGAAGCGGAGCGUCCCGAUGCGGGCCACGCCACCGAGUGCCUAGGGAGGUGACGCCUAGGCCACGGCGGAGCCGCCCCUGCCGCUGCUCACCCGCCCUAGGCGCCGCGACUUGUCCGUGGGGCCCGGGGUCCUAGGUUGCGGCUCGGGUGUUAGUGCGGGGACCCCCCCCGCCCAACUCCCGGAGUCCGUGCAAUUCUUCCUCCUGCCCGCUGAGCCGCGGAGCCCACUGCAUCUCUGCAUCGCCGCGAGAAUCUCCCAAACUUCGUUGGAACUGUCCCUCUGCUUCGGGGACUCCUCUGCGGGGAGAUGGCAGCACUGCGCCAGACCACGCUUGAAAAUGCGGAUGUCCUUCAUUACCUACUCCACACAGGGCCACACCCUUAUGGAGCUCACCUCAGACAGAAAUGAAAUAAGUGAUGGGCUCACUAAACUCCAGAAUAUAGUGCCUACCGGAGCCACAAAUAUGCAGGAAGGAUUAAAAAAGGCAAAUGAGCAGAUUGAACAAGAAAAUGCUAAAGAAGAAUAUGCUGUGACAUUUUAUGAUACUGCCUUAGAUCUAUACACAAAGGAUGAAAUUGUUUGCAGAUACAAGUUGGAAUUCAAAGCAGCAUUUUCUACGGUAAGUAGCCCCAAUGUUGCCUCCAAGUGA